GACUGCUCGCGAGUCGCCUACUAGGUUUUGGGGGCGGCGGCCGGCGACACUGCGGCAGGCCGGCAGCGCUGCUCCGAGCUGCUGGCGUCGCAGGCACGCAGGAACACAGCGCUGGAGGCUGCAGCGCGCGCACAACGCGGAGCCGGCCUGCCGGGAGUACGCGGGCGGCGGGCGUCUGCGGAGGGCACGGCCGCACGGAGGCCGGAGCUGCGUGCUGCGACCAGCGAGCACCGCGGCACCGCCGGAGGCCGGAGCGCGUCCUGCCACUGCACGGUGCCAAGGUGCAAGCUUCGUCGGAGCCACACUGCCACACAGCCACGGAGGCAAGAUUCGCCACUGGCAACGACCCAACGGGGACUGAGGUGGCCACCACAGCGCCGACCACCCGCCGCCAUCAUAACUCGCCUGCUAACUCCUGAAGCCGUCGGGGAACCUAGUAGCGGUGUCAGGACCCCCUCGUAUCCAUGGAUCGCCGCUUCGUCACGCGCCACUUCCUCCCGCACCUGCGCCUGCAGGCGCCGCGGCCCCUGCCUGUUCCACCACCGGCUCUGGGCAUGAUUACGCGCUGUGUCGGCCCGUCGUCUUCUCUGGUUCUGGCGCACCAAGGAACACGAUACUUUGCCGAUGAUCGCUCACACUACGAUCUGUUUGGUAAAAGAAGACCAGGGGAUGAAGAGUUCAGAAAAGCUUGGCAAGAGGAUGUUGAUGAAGAGGACUGCUUGUGGACAGGUAGUGAAGAUGAUGAUGAGGAGGAGGAAGAGAGUGAUACAAAAUUAGGGAGGGAAAUUAAGAAAGUAAAGAGGCAAGCCAAGGAAAAUGCAAAUCUUAUUGAUGCUGAUGACAGUGAUGAGUUAAGAAGCAUAUGCCCUGAGAGUGAUGAAGAUGAUAUGACUCUUUGGAGUGGCAGUGAAGACGAUGACGACGAUGAUAUUCCCUCUGAGGCGCAUCCCAGUGAACGCAGCGAUUCAUAUAUUGAUAAGGUGUUUGAAUUUGAUGAGUCACCAAAGUACCGCACAAUUUCAGAGCUGUUGAAAGCGGAGAAUGAACCACCAGAGCUAUCUCCAGGAAAGCAAGCUAGAAAACUUGCUGUAGAAAAUGCUCUUAAGAAGUUGAAGCAAGGCCCUGAUGGACGCUACAUUAAUGUAUUUGAUGUUGUCACUGAUAUAGAUAUCCUUAUUGGAGCAUUUGAGAAUAUUGUUUCAGGACCAGAAUAUGCAGAGCUGCGGGAGGGUGGACCAAAAAAGCUCAAUAUACAGUUCUUUAAGGAUAUACAAGCACGCAUGAGGGACCCAAAUUUCAAGUUUUCUCCAGAGUUGAAGUUAAAACCAAAGAGUAAGUUAGUGUCUAGGAAAAAGUGGCAGAAAGCAAAAGCAAGGAAGAGAAAAAAUGACAGGCGUUGAGCUGACAUCGUACAUUGAAGAUCAAAGGAAAGGAAGCUUCUUGCUGGAUCAUGCAGGUGAGCAUGCUCGUGCUCAACUUGUAGUUAAUCUUUACUUUAUUAUCCAUCUCUCCUCAAUUAUAGCUCUGCUCUUAUUUAAUUGCUGCCGAACAGAAUUAUUAGAUUCGCUGGGCUAGUUUCUUAUCUAGAAGCAUUGGUGACUGAUCAAUAUUAAAGUUCCUGAACCUGUUGCUACUGCUGAAAUGCUAUUAGUCGAUCUGAAAAGCAUCCACUUCUGAAGUUAAAAGCAUCCACUGCUGAAGUUUCCCUUUGAGUAUUGUAGUUGACUGGCUCCACAACCUAAUGAUCUAUUGUAAGCUUUCAGACUUCUUCCAUUGGCAACAUAAAGUUUCAUCUUCCACUUUUACUCACAUAAAGCUAAACCAAAAAAUAUGCAAUAAGACAGCGAACAUACUGCGUACAGCAAGGAUUCAUCUAUGGUUUUUAAUUGACAAAAAGGCAAGGUACUUUGAACCCAGGGGAUAUGUUUAUUCGUGAUGAACAAGCCAUGCUUUCUUCAAAAUAAGGUAAGUACCCCUGAAACUGCAAAUCAUUCUUUUAUGUUUAUUAAUAUACAACUUAGUUGCAAACAUCACCCAAAUACCAAAGCUCUGAAUCAAAAGGCUGGCAUUCCAGAAAAGAAUCUCAUCACCUCUCCCAAUGGUUCUCUGCUCGCUUGUUCAUCUCGCAGGGGCCAAGUUUUCUUGGUAGUUGCAAGCACCAUUUCACUGUGCUUCACACCUGCAGGUCAAAAAGUCAUGAUGCCCCUGCUCUGGGCUUGCCGUCACAGAGCUCCCUCU